AUGUACGGUAAGUCUAGAUUGAUCAAGGAUCUAGCUUGUCAUCACGUUUACAUCAGUUAUAUGUGCUUUCGCGAGGAAUUGAUUUCUGGCUAUCCUAGGGCUUGUUUUGCUCGCAGUAUUGACAGAGGCAAGACAUCAGGAUAUUUUAGAUAUUCAAAUGAUUCCGCCUUUGCUUGUGAUGUUGUGCUAUUCCUUAUUUGCACGCUUGAAGUGAUCGUCGAAGGACUGGAACGGAAUGAUGAUGACUUUACAACAGUUGAGAAAUUUUGGAAUUUACAGGAAACAUCAUUAGUCUUUGAGCAAAAUGUAGAGAUGAGGUUUUUAGAAAAGAGAGGUUCGAUAGGUCAUAUAUGGGAGACCAUCCGUGAUCAAAGCGCGGUCAGAAUUACAGAAGACUCUGUGGUAAUAUCUAAAGAUGUAAAAGACCUACUACAAACAGGAUGGCAAAAAUACUGCUCGGCACUUAAGAGGAACAAGGACCCGAAAAUAGAAGAGUGCUUUGUGCUCGCCAUAGAUGAAGCUAGAUCACUGGGCAUCCAAAGUAAGCCUGAUACAAUGCGUGAACCUUUCCUGAAAAUAUUCCAGAGAGUGGCACGUUUCCUUAAUACUAGAAGCCUAUGGAGGGGUUUUGCUAUAAUUGUUGCCGGUACGUCAGCUGCUAUUAGUGAUUUAUCUCCACGGCAUCGAAAUGAUAGUUCUUUAAUAGCUACAGAUACAAUCGACGCUCAUCCCUGGUACAACCUCGGCACCUUCGAUUUACAUGUGAGAUGGGGUGAAACACCGCUUACAUUAGACUUCACCGAGAUCGGAACUUUGAGAUACUAUGCCAAGUUUGGUAGACCUGGCUGGAAGCUGUACACUGACAGUGGGCAUGAAAACCAACUUCUAGCAGACGCCAGUGCUAAGCUUAGGGGAAGACAUAUUGACAGGCUAUCAAAGUAUCAACUCCUUUACGUAGUAUACGCUCCGGCCAUGAAUGACGAUUACCGUGGAGCGGAAACCUUAGUGGAAUCACGAAUGGCCACACUCCAAUGGGUGUCCGAGCAACGUAACGAGAUCGAGGUAGAAUACCCUAGUGAACCCAUUCUGGCAUUGGCAGCCCAUAGGCUCUUGGAAGGCGAAAGUGACGAUGAGCUUGUCUCCGAAUUGGUUCUAGGAUUUAGGUCUACUGGGGCUGCUGGUGAAUUUAUCGCCAGAUGGAUGUUGCUUGAUGUUCUAAAAACCGCAGGUCUGAGAGAUGGCAUGCAGAGCAAUUACUGUCGUGUUCGGGAUCUUUUCAAUGGCCUUGAGAAAACAUUUCACGUCACAUGUAGUUCUAACCACCCAAAUGAACAUCACUUACUUAAUGGGAGAAUACAUAUCAACCACUGGAAAACUCUUGAAUCUACGUGUACUCUCAAUGACUUGGCUGAAGGAUUCUUGAGAGGCUGUGGAUUUUGCUUACAAAAAAACCAACCGGCUUUUAAUCUCGUCAUCCCCAUAUAUUUGGAAAGCGAAAACGUAGAUCUUACGAACAUCAGACUCUUUGAAGGGGAUAAGAAUAGAGAAUGGGAGAAAAAAGAGAAGGAUGCAGUACGUCAAGCAUUUAGUGUUAUCGUUAUUCAAGUUCGUAACAAUCAAAAUUCGCGUGACAGCAAAUACAAAAAAAUUCACGAUCAUAUGGUUCGCCACAGUCAAAAAAUCUUCGAAAGGAAAAGGCCGUAUAUAAUAACGGCAUAUUUCCAACUAGGUGAAACACCACCUGUUGGUUAUAGAAAUAAGCCUAGUUAUAAAACGCAUUGGGCAAGAUUCUUUUCAAUUCAAAAAGAUAGUGAUGAUAUCACUCGUACAAAAGGAGAUGCUGUGCUCAAUCCAGACUUCGCUCUUGCAUACGACAUUCGAGUCACAGCCACCGAUGCAAACAAGGAGUUCAUUCACAAAUAUCGGGGAGUUGUUCGUUCUGGUGAAGCGAAAAAGCAAGAGAAACUGCGGCUAAAUCAAAGGGGUGCUAGUCAAAAGGUUUUUAAUGUUCAUGCGGAUGAUGGGGAUGGCGGUGACUAA